AUGACUAAGGUUUACAUUCGUCCGCGGCCGCUCUCCACGUCAGAACAAGGAGAUAAAACCAUCGAAUAUGUCGUCGAAGAUGAUGGAACUUUGGUCAUCGAUGCCGAGAAGAAGUUCCCCGGUUUUGCUGGGCUUCUGUCGACUGAGAACAGCGAGGCUUACACCCAAGCGAUCCAGCCGAUGGUGUCUAAAAUGUUGAAUGGCACCACUUCGUGCUGUUUUGCGUAUGGCCACACAAACAGCGGCAAGACACACACCAUCUUCGGGUAUGACACGGAGCCUGGAAUGUGCCGACGUUUAGUCCAGGAUCUGUUCACUGAAAGUGGUACCGACUUGCUCGUGCAAGUCCGAUUCUAUGAGCUUUACAACGGACAAGUGUUUGAUUUAUUAAAUAAUCGUCAGUCUGGGUUUGUUCGCGAGGACGCACAUGGAAUAAUUCAUGUUCGGACUGCUUAUGGCGAAUCCGCUAAAGCCGUUCAUGCCAUUAUUCGUCAAGGGAGAAGUCUUCGUGCAGAAGGGACAUCAGAGCUACAUCAUCAGAGUAGUCGCUCCCAUGCUUUUCUAGAGCUCGAGAUCGUAACUUCUGCACUCGCUGAAGCGCGCCAACAAGUCGUGUUGGCGCAGUCCCGUGUGUCGAGAUUAUAUGUGAUCGUAGACGGGAAAGCCACUGCGACGGGUGCUAAGCCACCCCAAGAAGACCAAGAUCGACUAAACACACUUCAAAGUCAAGUUGACGCGGCUGAGGCUAUAGUCGCUGCCUUGAAAGCACAAGUUGAUGAUGAAAAGGCGAAAUGUAAUGGCGGGAUGUUUGUACUUGUUGAUCUCGCUGGUGCCGAGUACACAGGUGAAGGUUUGACACGCAACUCUAAGGAACAAAAAGAGGCGCGUGAGAUCAACUCGAGCCUGUUGGCUCUCAAAGAAUGUAUGCGAGUUCAAGCUCGACAAAGCGCUGGCCACAUUCCGUUCAGGAAUUCAAAACUUACUAUGCUGUUGAAGUGCUAUUUGGAGACUGACAACCCCUCGUUUACAAUUAUGAUCGCCAAUGUGUCGUCAGCCGAGACGCACUUACGCAAAGCCUUGGACUCGAUCAGAUACGCAACAUUGGUCGCUUCUGCAUUUAAGACGACUCGAAACAAGAUGACUAAUCAGCGGUAG